AUAGUCUUCGGGGAAAACCGGAUAUGGAGAAGGAAAUAAGGUCCGGCGCUGAGCCGGAGUGAGUGUGGUUGCGUUUCCUUUGGAGACGCUUUCUGUGGCGAAGUGAAAUGGCGAGAGUCUUGGAUCUGUGGUUGUAGGAGGUAGACAGUUCGCGUGGGCUUCCUUCGCCUACUUGGCCUACGUGCCUUCUGCCCGUGCAGCGGUGUUUCUUCUCAAAGGGCCGUAGGCAACGCCAUCAGAACCGGUUUUUCAGUGGUUUUUGACCCCUCCGACGCUCCGUCGUCUGAGAGGCUCCUGGCGUUCUCUGUGUCCGCCCGUCCUCCGCGGACGCCCGCUGCCAUGGCGAUUGUGCUGUGCGCUGUCCUGCGCCCGUUCCGUUGGCUCCCCAGCCGCCCUAGGCCUGCGGCAGAAAUGCUGUUCCGAGCCAGGAGCGACGGCGUCGGCCUGCUGUAUCCACAUCACAUCCCCACCUCCCCGCUGCAGAAAGUGCUGCUGGCCGCCGGUUCCGCUGCUAUGGCGCUGUAUAACCCCUAUCGCCACGACAUGGUUGCAGUUCUAGGGGAGACCACGGGACACCGAACCCUGAAGGUCCUCAGGGACCAGAUGAGGAGGGAUCCAGAGGGUGCCCAGAUCCUGCAGGAGCGUCCCCGGAUUUCGACAUCCACCCUCGACCUGGGCAAGCUCCAGAGCCUGCCGGAAGGUUCCCUGGGCCGCGAGUAUCUCCGUUUCCUGGAUGUGAACAGGGUCUCCCCAGACACCCGAGCACCCACCCGCUUCGUGGAUGAUGAGGAGCUUGCGUAUGUGAUUCAGCGGUACCGGGAGGUGCACGACAUGCUCCACACCCUGCUGGGGAUGCCCACCAACAUCCUGGGGGAGAUCGUGGUGAAAUGGUUUGAAGCUGUCCAGACUGGCCUGCCCAUGUGCAUCCUGGGUGCACUCUUUGGACCAAUCCAACUCAGUGCUCAGAGCCUGCAAGUGUUGAUCUCAGAGUUGAUUCCAUGGGCCAUUCAGAAUGGGCGCAGAGCCCCAUGUCUCCUGAACCUGUACUAUGAGCGGCGAUGGGAGCAGCCCCUGAGGGCUUUGCGGGAGGAGCUGGGCAUUACUGCACCACCCAUACAGGUCCAGGGCUUGGCCUGAGCUCCUGAGCCAGUGGGGCCUGGCCUGCCUCCUCCACCCACUGCUUCCCUUGGGGGCAGAGGGCUUUGUUCCUCCCCUUUGGACACUGACCCUUGGACUACAUUUAUCAUAAUUUGUCAUAGCCACUGCUGAGUGGCCUUGAGGACCAACCCCCAGGGAGCAAGCAGUACAGUGGGACUCCUAGGGGAACCAACAGCUGCCCAAAGAGAACCAUGCGUGAACAGCCAUAAGUCGUCUGGGCUCAUGCUGGGAUGCUGCAGAUCUACGGUCCUGUUCCAGACUCCUCCCAGCUAGCCAGGUUUGCUGGGUGUCCUCACAGGAGUGAGGGCUACACCCACUUCCAAAAGUCUGAGAAGAGGGAAGCAGAGUGGGAGGCAAGUGUUUGUGAAUAAAGGCUCUCAUUAGGUCAA